GCCAUGUUGUUCUUUGCGGUGGCAUCAGCACCAAAUGCCAUGAGCGUCUUGACCAUAUCCAAAUGGCCAAGCUGUGCAGAUUUGAUGAUAGGGUAUCCUUGCGGUUUGUGUGGCGACGCACCGCGCUCCAGCAAACGUCGUACGAGUUCA